GAUAACGGUUGGAAAGCAGGCGUAGGGGAAACAGGAGCGGGCGCAGCGGGUCGGGAGGGAGAUUAGAAAAAAAAACUCACUAAUCAAUAUUAAGGGCAAAUCUCAAUCGAUAAACGUUAAUCGGUCGGGCGCCGAGGGAAAAAAAAAUUGUCGGCGCGGGGCUGAGGAGAUUGUUCGAGAAGCGGCGGUUUGGAGGGCGAUGAACGGCGGGUUCGGUACCGGCCUCGGCGGGUUAAAAUCGCUUUUUUUCCUCAAGGGAUGAAGUGAAUUGGAGCGGCGGGUUAUUAUCGUCAGUCUCCUCAGGCCCGGGCUAAAGUUCCACGGUUAAAGGUGGGCGGUGGGGCCCACAUAAUUCUUCAUCAUUUUUGUUUUGUACCUGGGGUUUUUUUUUACCUCCCUGUGAAGCCGGGGUUGUGGGUUUAUUUAUUUUUCCGCCCGCUCCUGUCUCGGUUUUCGGCGGUGAUGAUGUUCGGGAACAGCCGGCGAGGGGGUCGCCUGCCGUCGCUGCUGCUGGUCGGACUGCUCCUGCUUAUGGCCGUCCUGGGCUUCAACUACUGGGUGCUGUCCACCCGCCACAAUAAACUGCAGCUGGAGGUGGCCGAGCUACAGGUGCAGGUGAAGAAGACAGAUACUGCUAAAAGUCGUUUAGAGAAGAGGAACUCUGAGCUCAUGGGGCAAGUGGACACUCACAGGCGGCAGCUUGAUGAAAAAGAGGAUGAAUGUAGUAAUCUGGGUAACCAGCUCCAAAAUAAAGAGAAUUUGAUGAAGAAAUGCUUCGAGGAGAAGGUUAAAUUUCAGAAUAAUCUAACAGAUCAGCUGUCUUUGAUCCAUCGGUUACAAGAACAGCUCACUGAGUUACGACAAGAGUACAUAAGGCAGGAUGAUCAGCUCCAGGAGUACCGGAGGAACUCCACGUCCUUGGAGAAGAAACUAGAAUAUGAGAGCCUGCAAUGUGGUCAGCAGAUCAGUGCACUUAAGGAACAGUGUGAAGAGAAGUUGAAGAUUUUAGGGAAAGUGCAUGACCAGCCAGCAAAAUAUCAAGAAGAUUCCAUUAAACAAAACAAGCCCAGAGAGGAUGAGGCAGUGGCUGAUCCUCGGAAAUCUGACUGGGAUUACAACAAAGCCAAAGUAAAUCUUCAGAUUGAGAAGCAGACGGCUGAGAGCAAUAAACCCAGCAUCAAUCUUAAUGAAGGAAACAAACUGCAGCCUCACCGAGAUGAUGACAAGAAAUUACCAAAUCUAGUCAAAGCAGAUGAUGAUGCUGGCAUGCCUGGGAUAGAAGAAAAUGAACAGGCAAAACCUGUAGAUCUUUUGAUUGAUCACAAGAAAACCAAACUGGUGGUUGAAGAAAUUGAGAAACCCAUAUCUAGAGGUGGUGGGAUUCCUGGAGACAAAUUGAAUGUGGAGGCUGAAAUGAAGCCUGUCCGUCAUUUUGAGAGGGGUCCAGCUAUGCAGGCUCCCCCUCCAAACCAGGCCAUGCGGUUUGAUAACCAGCAAAACAUUCCAAAACUUGGGAAAUCAUUGGUUGUAAAUAUGCCAAACCCUGUAGACCAAGAGGACCCAGAUAAUGCGGAAGACGAAGAUCUUCAUGUCAGAGCAGAUGAAAUUGGAGAAUCUCAGAACCACCAGCCAGGCCUGGAAAAACAACAUCAAGAAAAACUGAUGCAUCAUUUAGCCAAGGAACCUGCUAUGCAGCCGCCACCUAAUCAAGCUUUACACUUUCCUGCUGGCCAAGCCUUUCCAAAUCAUUUUGAUCACCGUGAUGGGAAAGGACAUGAGAAAGCAAAUGAACCAGGAGAGCAUCCUAAUGGUCAACAGGGCCAGUUCUUUGAUGAAAAUGAAUCCCCAGCUGAUCCGCAGCAUGACUCUAAAGUGGCGGAUUAUAAUGGGGAUGAUGGUAAUGUGGGUGAGUACGAGGCAGACAAGCAGGCCGAAUUGGCUUACAAUGAGGAAGAGGAUGGUGAUGGUGGGGAAGAAGACGUCCAAGAUGAGGAGGAACAGGACCUUCCAGGGGACCUGAACAAUCCUGCUGCAUAUGAAAAUCGCCGUUUUGUAGCUGAUGGUUUGUAACUGCUUGCCAUGAAAUGGAAUCCCAUUUAUAGGCUGUGGAAGGAAUCUUGAAUCUGACUCUUGACGCAAUAAUGCAAAAUCGUUCUACAGUAUGCCAUGGCCUUUUCUUUUUACAAGUGCAUUACUUGACAAGUUUGAGAACUUCUGGUGUUGAUGUCCGGUGAAAUAGAAGGUGAUGCAGACUAAUAUUUCUUAAAGAUUAUAAGCAAAUUGUUUAGAUUUGAUUUAUAAUUGCAAACAUUUUGAGGGGGGAGGGAAUUUCAUUUACCUCUGUACAUUAUUUUGUAUAUUUUGUACUUUUGAAGAUUUUAUGAACAAAAUUUAGUUUUCAUUUUGAGAAAGGUUUAGUGUUCACAAAACCAUUACAUAAAUAUUAUAAAAUCAGUGAAAUGACUGUCCAUGCUAGCAGUAAUCUGCUAUAUUCAGGUUAAUCAAAGUAGCAUUUGAGAACUGAUCUGUUUAAAUUUACCAUAUUUAAAAAAAGCUUAGCAACUAAAUAGAAACAUUUUGGUUUGUACAGCCAUCUACAAGAUUUACUUUUGCUUAGUGAUGUUUUUGCAUUGUGCUGUGAAAACGAUAAAUAUUGUCUCUUGGUUCUUUGGGAGAAGCAAUGAGAAUAUACUCUGGUGAUUUGAACACGUUCUAACUUCAACACUGAAAGAAUGUACAGAUACAUGUAAUGAUUGAACUCAAAGCAGCAGAGGAAAUUCAUCUGAAAAGUCUUCAAUAGAAGCAUAGCUUGGAUGUUAAUUUUCACACGUGUUCCUUUUGUUGCUUCCAUCAACUUGUUUAUUGCUAUGUAAAUAAAAUAAAAAGGGACAGCAAUGAAACUCAGACAGUGUGCACUCUGUUUUGCGAAAAGGUUGCUGGAUCUAACAGCAGUAUCACAGUGGAACUCUGUAAAAAAAAAAACAGAACACCAUCUUGAAAAUUGUGGUGCAGUGUGACCCUUUAGGUUAUUACAGUCGGUGAGUAGAGUACUAAUAUGAUUUAUUUCCUAAUGAAUUAAACAUUGGCCAUCUCCUAAUCUACUCUGCUUAGUGAACAUUGGCUCUCAUGUCUAACAUAAAUUGACAUUAAAUAAGAUACAAGCCCACAAUGGUGUUUUGGAUAUGGUUUUCAUUCUUUGCAAUACAGUUAACCCACUUUUUUUUCCGGCUUUUCCUAUGUUACAUGGGAUCACUUGAAUGCUGGUUGAUCACUCCAUACCAACCAUCAUUUUUUUUGGAUUUGGCAGGUGGUUUUACAGCUGGGUUGCCCUUCCUGUCACUAACUCUCCAUCUAAUGGUUCAGGGACUGGCAUCGAUGCAUGCUGGCUUGCCUGCGCUGAUGGCUGGGUUCUUUCGUGGCCAACUUGAACUUGGACCAUCUGGCUAAGGCAGGAGAGCUAUCCACUCAGCCACUCUAGUUCCCUCUUCCCAUCCAAUAUUAAUCUAGUGAAAUUAUGUUGAAUCUUUUCCAUGGCUUUAAUAUCCAUCCCAUAUUAGGAUACCGGAAUACAAUAAAAAUUCUUAAUUGUGGUUUAAACAGUGUCUCAUGUGGAACUGAAAACCAUCACAGCAGUUUCAAUAUUGUCUUACCCUCUAAUGAGUCAGCAGGCAGUAAAAUGUUGCACUAUCACUUUUAAAGUGAAUGUUGUAGAUUUUCUACAUUGUACAAAAAAAGUAUAACCCUCUAAUUUACUGUUGAAGUAUGAGGCAAAAAUACUGUGAAUACACAAUUUGCAGACUUGGAAAAUUUAGACAACUGAGAAAUGUAUUGCAAUAUACUAUCUCCAUGAAUUUGAAAUCUUCUGUAGAGUUAGAAUGUUCAUUAUUAGGUGUAAUAAAUUUGAUUGCAAAGUUCAAAAAAAAAAUUAUGUUCAGAGCAGAAAUUGGGAUUUCAAAGGGUGGAAACAUAAUGCAUUUUUAAGCAUAAACUCAUAUUUUAAAAAAUAAAAUACUGCAAUAUAUACUCUGUGAGAUAACUCAAGUCACUUGGGCCUUAUUAUGGCCCUUCUAAUUUCAUGUGGGAUAAAGUAGCCUUCAAUAGGAAUAAUAAUACAUUUCCCAUAAAUUGUGGGAUCCCAUCAAAGCCAUUGAGUGGACACACGGGAAUGCAAUAUAUAAAAAUGAUUAAUUUUUAACUUACUGAUUAACGAUUGGAUAACUGGGAGUGAAUAAUACAGCUCAUAAUGAACCUUCUGGCCUAUCAAUUACUUCAUUUUAUGGUUCCUUGCAUUAUCUGAAGUACUAGAUUAAAUUACACCAUUUCUAACUUCCUUCUGGGUAUUUUAUUCUGUAAUUGCCAAAUUUAGUCAUGUAAAACAAAAAUCAGUAGUUCUGCCUCUGUGUGCAGCUUUUUAGGGAGGGCUGGGGUUAUUCUUUUUCCAAGUUAAAUAAUUGCAUUGAGUUUUUGUGCUUCUGAAAUGUUACUCCCGUGUUGUAAAGCUGUAAGAAGAUGCUGCAUGGUAAAAUGGUUUAUGUUCCUCUGAUUUGUUUACAAUACUUUGAAUAAAUGAUUUAUUUGAGUUGA